AGAUGGCCGGGGCAGGCGCCGCCGGGGUGCAGCGGGGGGAGCCGGCGGCGCCGUGAGCGGGCGGGGAGGCGGAGGAUGAUCCGGAGCCCGGCGCGGCGCUGCCGGAGCCGCCCGAGCCGCGCCGCGUGGUAGGGCUGGAGGCGGCGCGGGGCGGCCGCGGCCCGGGGCCCGAGGCGGGCUGGCCGCGGCGGCGGCGGCCCGGCAGCGGCGGGGCGGCCAUGCCGUGGCUGAGCGGCGGGCGGCGGCGGCAGGGGCAGGGGCAGCAGGCGGCGGAGCCGGGGCCGGGCCCGCGGGGCCGGGAGAGCGCGGAGCUGCCGCUGCCCGCGGGCUGGGAGGAGGCGCGGGACUUCGACGGCCGCGUCUUCUAUAUCGACCACAACACGCGGCAGACCUCGUGGAUCGACCCCCGCGACAGGAUUACAAAGCCAUUAACAUUUGCUGACUGUGUUGGCGAUGAGCUUCCUUUAGGAUGGGAAACUGUUUAUGAUCAACAGAUCGGAGUUUAUUAUAUGGACCAUAUAAAUCAGCUUACACAAAUUGAGGACCCAAGAGAGCAGUGGAGAAGGGAGCAGGAACGCAUGCUAAAGGAAUAUUUAAUUGUUGCCCAGGAGGCACUUAAUGCCAAGAAAGAAAUUUACCAAAUUAAACAGCAGCGUUUUGAGCUGGCUCAAGAAGAGUAUCAGCAUCUACAUAAAAUGUGUGAGGAUGACAACCGUUCCUAUGCCAGCUCAUUUUCUGGAUUUUCAACUAAUACCAAGUAUGAUCCAUAUCAGAUUAAAGCAGAAAUAGCAAGCCGUCGUGACAGACGGCAGCUGGGUGCUGGGAUACCAUGCUGCAGCUCUAUCAGCAACAACCAGGAUGAGCAGCACCAGCACCAGCUGAGGACUUUUAAGUCCCCAGGACAGCUUUCUAGGUUAAAACGAGAGUUGGCACAGAUGAAACAGGAAUUGCAGUAUAAAGAGAGAGGAGUGGAAACAUUGCAAGAAAUUGAUCGGAAGAUGUCAAGUGCUCAUACAAACUAUAAACUGGAUGAAGCUCAAGCUAUAAUGAAUGAACUCCGAAGCAUAAAGAAAGCUAUAUGUAUGGGUGAAAAAGAAAGGCAGGACCUCAUGCAGAGCUUGGCUAAACUAACAGAUGGAUUCCGAAAUAGCUGUUGUAUUACGGACUCUCUGCAGGACCUCCAGCAGAAUUCUAGUUCGCUCAGUGACUCCUGUUUACCUCAACAACACUAUGAUGCUUGUUCUCAAACUGACAUUACUGGAGAGUUUGGUUUUGAUGAUAAAACAAGGCUUGUGGACAAAGUAAGACUGAACUGGCAAUAUGAAGAAGCCAAAAAGAGGGUUUCCAAUAUACAGCAGCAGCUGGCAUUGCUAGAUAAUGAAUCUUGGCCAGGAAUGGCUGAGGCGGACAGGGACCGUCUUCAGCUUAUAAAAGAGAAAGAGGCUCUUCUUCAGGAAUUACAGCUUAUUAGUCAGCAGAGGCGAUCUCCAGAAGAUUUAGCACGUUUGGAGGAAGAAAAACGGCGCUUGGAGGAUGAAAUUCAGUGUGCUCGGGCUACUUCUGCUCACGGAGCCACUGAAAGAAUACUGUUACAGGAAAAGAGGAACUGUUUGCUUAUGCAGCUGGAAGAGGCAACUCGUUUAACUUCCUACUUACACUCCCAGUUAAAAAGUUUGUCUGCUAGCACCCUCACAAUGUCCUCCGGCAGCAGCAGGGGAUCACUGGCUUCUAGCCGAGGAUCGCUGGCAUCCAGCAGGGGUUCUCUCAGCUCAGUCAGCUUUACAGAUAUCUAUGGCCUUCCACAGUAUGACAAAUCAGAUAAUGUCACAGACUUUGGACAGCAUCUGCGCUUUGACAUCGUUCCAUUUGAAUCUCUCUCUAAAGAUGUGCAGUACUCUGAUUCUGUUGGACAUUCUAACUUCAAUAAGCAAAGGAGGUCCUUGGAUACACCUCAGUCUCUGGCAUCCCUAUCCUCACGGUCCUCGUUGUCAUCACUGUCUCCUCCAAGCUCUCCACUAGAUACCCCCUUUCUUUCUGCUUCUCGGGAUUCUCCACUGGCUCAGAUGUCUGAAGGGUUUGAGGAAAUGGCUGGCAUAGGAGGCCUAGAAAUGCUUAGAGCUCAAGCCUCGACAUUGAGUGAUGAUGAUACACAAGGAACAGCUUCAUCUCAGACUCCAAGUUACCCUAUGGACAGUGAAGGAAUGCGAGAAAUGGGGCUACAAUUUGCAAAUGUCCAGACUGGUGGAGCUGUAACUCUGCGUGAAGACAGUGCUAGAAGGUCGGAGAGGAGAGCCAGGCGAGUUUCAGCAUGUCUAUCCGAUUAUUCACUGGCUAGUGACAGUGGCGUGUUUGAAGCUUUAAGCAAAAGGAAUGAGGAUGUUGAAGAACCUGUUUAUAGUGAUGCUACCAGUAGUGAAGAGCCACAAAUACAUGUUGGAUUUCUGCAUGAUAGUGAAAGCGAGUGUCUUCUAGUCCAUGUGUUACAGCUGAAGAAUUUUACUGGUCUUGUUGUGAAAGAACGCUGCAAAAUUCAUGUUAGAGUUUACUUGCCACCGCUGGAGUCAGGCACACCAACUACGUACUGCUCCAGAGUUUUAGAAUUCCAGUCUCCGUUAAUUUUUAAUGAAGUUUUCCGAAUCCCUGUGCCCUCAAGCGUGUUGAAAUUAAAAUCGCUGCAAUUGUAUAUCUGUUCAGUCGACCAUCAGCAACAAGAAGAAUUGUUGGGCAUUGCUCAAAUCAGCCUGGCUGAUUAUGAGACUUCCAGAGAGAUGCAGCUUCACUGGUACUCUGUCCAGAUAUUCACUGGUUCAGACCCACAAGGGGCAAAGGACAAAAGCCAGUGUGAAGAAAAUACUCCGCAGUGUUCUGGAAAUACAGCUACAGUGAAAACGGAUGCAGUGACAGCCCUUUUAGCAAGGACCACAGCCCAGCUGGAAGCAGUGGAGAGAGAAUUGGCAGAGGAGCGUGUGAAAUUGGAGUACACAGAGGAAGAAAUCCUAGAGAUGGAAAGAAAGGAAGAUCAGGCAGAAGCUAUAUCAGAGAGGAGUUGGCAAGCAGAAUCUGUUGACAGUGGAUGUAGUAAUUGCACGCAGACCAGUCCUCCCUAUCCAGAGGCAUGUUGCGGUGACUCACUGCAUGGACAUACAUUUCCAGCUCAAGCAGGCCAGUACAAUUCUGGAAAAGUGCAGCCCCCACCUAUAAAGGUGGAUAAAGAGACAAAUACAGAAGAUCUUUUUCCAGAAGAAGUUGCUGUUCUUCCAAAAGAGAGAAGCAGCCGUAGACCCCGUGGUUCUGCUUUUGUUCGUAGUAGCACUAUUGUUCGUUCACAGACCUUUUCUCCUGGAGCACGAAGUCAGUAUGUGUGCAGACUGUAUCGCAGUGACAGCGAUAGUUCAACCCUGCCAAGAAAAUCACCUUUCAUCCGAAAUACAUUGGAAAGGCGUACCUUGCGCUAUAAGCAGCAAUCCUGUAGAUCUUCUUUGGCUGAGCUUAUGGCAAGGACAUCCUUAGACCUGGAGCUGGAUCUCCAGGCAUCCAGAACUAGACAAAGACAGCUGAAUGAGGAGAUAUGUACUUUGAGAGAGUUGAGGCAACGUCUGGAAGAUGCCCAACUCAGAGGGCAGACGGAUCUACCCCACUGGGUGCUUCGGGAUGAGCGAUUCCGAAACUUGCUAAGGGAAGCAGAGAGGCAGACAAGACAGACCAAAUUUGAACAUCAUCAAGAACAAGCAGCUGAAAAAAUGCUGAAGAAAGCAUCCAAAGAAAUAUACCAGCUACGUGGACAAAAUCAGAAGGAGCCUAUUCAGGUGCAGACUUUUAGAGAGAAGAUAGCUUUUUUUACAAGACCAAGGAUAAACAUACCUCCUCUGCCAGCUGAUGAUGUAUGACAUGUUGCAUUGUAAACAUGAAGUAUUUAUCUCUUUUAUUUUAAUGAAGUUAUUAGACUAGCUGUUUCUUUAAAACAAAGUUUGUGCAAAAGCUAAUAUACACAUUUUGUAAAAAAUAAAAAAGUAAAAGUAAACAAAAACAUAUAUAUAAAUAUAUAUAUACAUAUAUAUAUUUUAUAAUAGUGACUGCAACAAGGCUUGGUUUUUCCUUGUUGUGAAAUUGACAUCUCUGAAGACAACUUAUUUUAUAAAAGAUCAACUAUCCUGUUUAAGAGCGUGUACAGUUUUUAUGCUGUUUUAUUUGACUUAAAGGCUGGAAGACAGAAACAAAGUGAGUUCAGGCAAAUUCACUGUAGUGUAAUUUAUUUAUAGUGUCUUUUUUCCUUGAAGGAAAAUACCUACUUUAAGAUGUAUUUUAAGACUGAAAUUUUUGUUCUUCAGUAUUUGUCAUACAGUAGAAUGGAACCAUUGAGCUGGUUUUGUUUCUGAUACCUGAAAUGAAAAUACUAUGUUCUAAAUUUGUCACUUUUAUCAGCUUUACUCUCUGUAUCUUAUUAUGUACAUUAUAUCCUUUAGCACUGUCUGUGUUAUAGCAAAAUAUUAUCUCCUGCAGUGUUUUUAAUACUGAUUAAAAUGCCAGUAAACAUUGCAGAAUUCAUUUGCAUGUUCUUACUGUGCGCUAAUCGAUUGUUUUCAUUUCAGUUGUGUCUAUGUAUCUUUAUAUUCUUGAUUCUCAAUUUAAACGGGGGAAGAAGAAGGGUGGCAGGUCUUUGUUUUUGCUGUUUUUAUAAACAGGGAGCUAAAGGGGGAUUGUAAGUUUGUCAUAUUAAUAUAAUCAUUAAACAAAUAUAGCAUUUGAACGGUUUUAAAGAUUAUGGCCUGAUGCAGGAAAGCAUUUGAGCCCCAAUUCUGUAAAGCACCUCUCUUCAAGAAGGCUGUCAAAGCACAUGAAUGAGUGCUUUCUUGAAUAGAAAUGCUUCCUAGGAACCAUCUGGCCCUAGAAUAAAGAGCUCACUUGAUUGUCAGUUGGGCCUGCUAGGACUUGGUAAGGAGUAGUUUUACUUGUUACCAAUUGCUUUAAUAUAGGACUGUCACCCUAAAUUCCCGAGAAUGCCAGUUUUGUGUCCUUGCAUCUUGCAAGUAUGUAAAAAUACUUCUUACUAAUCUACUAUAUGCAAUUUCUAAUAUUUUUUUCUAAUUAUAUUUUAACAACCGAAAAGGGUGCCAUGUUCAAGGCUUAUUCAGCUAAAUUCCUGGAACAACCAGAUCAAAAAUAUAGCUUUCUGUUUGUUAAUGGGAGGGCAUCAGGUCAAAUUUGGCCCUGGAUUUGGGUUUCAUAAAAAAAACAAAUAAAUAUGCUAAACUGAUGACCAAUAGAAUAUUGUUAUUAUUUUGUUAUACGCAAGUCGACAUUCCCUUAAUGUUUGGAAUGCGUUCAUUGUAGCAUUCUGUAAUAGCAGAGAACCUGAAAGUCAAACCAAGUCUCUUUUCAUUGUCCAAAAUUAGGCAAAAAAAAAGCGGAACUUAAGUUGAUAAAUCUUUUAAAUUAAAAAUACUAAAUAAGUAAGCAAGUACUACUUGAUUCCAGGGGUGGAAAGUAUAAAAUUAAUUCUGUCCCCUUUUGCCUGGCAUUGUCCAUGAGGUUUGAACCAUCCAAUCAUAUGACUUGCCAAAAAAAGUAUGCAAAACUGAGGAAUAUUUGGCUUUGUCACAGUAAGACCCCUCACGUGUCUCUUCUUGGCAGUGGAUUUAGAUAGAUGUGGACUAGGUUCUUGUAUCUAGAUAAGAGAGAUAUGAAAAUGCACAGUACAUCAACCAAAAACAAAUGAAUAAAGACAAUUGAAAGACAUGUCAGUGUUGGGAUAAAAGUCUAAGGACAGCACCUUUUUCAUUGCUCAUCACUUGAAGAGCUCAGUAUGUUAGAGGGAAGUCAUGCAUGUUGUUUACAGUGGUUGCCAUUAAAAUGGCACUAUUUACCAACAGUUGCUAUGCAGUGGUAUCUGAGAUAUCACAAACUUAUUGUAAACUUAAAAAUAGGAAAUAAAAGUGAAGUAUCUGAUGGUGUAUCUUGCUCAUUUUACAUGGUAGCCACUGUACAGCAUCUGUAUAUUUUGCCAGUCUAAGAUUCUGACUGUUGUAAUAAGUCCUAUUUUGAUGUGGUAAUGAGUUAUCAUAUUCAGUAUUCAUCUCUCUUGUUUUUGUCAUGACUCUGUAUGAUUAUGUCAUUUGUAUUAUUUGAAAAGUAUUUCUUCUAAAAAAUAAAAUAAUUUGCCAAAAAUGUGAACAGAUCUUUGUUGAUUACCACCUUAUAAGAUGAUGGUUGAAAUAGUUUACAUUAAGUGUACUGUAAUAAUACCCUUUACAAAGUAAUUUUUGUAUUGUUGAGCAUUGUUGUUUAGUUCAAUGUAGUAAUGUUUCAAACUAACAGGCAGUGUUAGGGAGCUUGUAAAACCAAACAGUUUAAACAGAUUAACCUUGAGCCUUGAAAGAAAUGCAGUGCCAGGCAUGGAAAUAUUCUCUCACUACCACUCUAUUGAAAAUAAAGGUGACAUCUAUGCCAGAUGCUCAUAAUUAAGUUAUUUCUGGACUUAUUUUUAUAUUUUUUUUGCUAUGAUGAACAGUUGCCCUUGGAAAAAGGUGUUCAAGAUUUCCCAACUAAGGUUUAAUUUGUAUUUUGCAUAGAUGUGCUGCAGACAGCUUUUUCAUAUUUCUUCUUGUUUAUGAAUUUACUGCACAGUAGGGUUCUCAAAGAUGAACAAAAUAAAGAUAUAUACCAUUAUAUGAA